AACACACACCCAUCCCUAUAAAUAUAUCGUGGUGAAUGUUUACGUGUUAUAUUAUUCUCCCGCGUAAAAUAUUAAGUGUUUUUUUUCUAUUAAAAAUACAAAAAAAAUAGUGUUGUGAAUAGAAAAUUAUAUUGCCUGCAUUCGAACAAUAAUAAUGGCAACCACAGAAGUGUUAUUUUCAUGUAAAAAACCAGCAAAAAUCAUAAAAUGGAAAGUAUCACCUGGAACAAUGGUUGCUCCAGGAAAAGUGUUACUUUUAUAUAAAACAUUGUCAACAAAUAAUGAUGACAGUACAAAUAUUGAGGAAAAGCUUCGUUCCAAAAAUGAGCGUGGUCUUGUCACAAAAUUUUUGGCAAAAUCAAAUGAAAUUAUACAGCCAGGGCAAGGAAUACUUUUGCUUGAGUCAUGUAAACAUAAUACAGUAAUGAAGGAUCUUUGUGCUGAUUGUGGUAUUGAUUUAAGAGAAGGAGAUGGUGUUGUUGAAUGUCAAGCGAGUAUAUCAAUGGUACAUAGUAUUCCUGAAUUGAAAGUAUGUCCCGAAUUGGCGCAACAAAUUGGAAAAGAAGAUGAACAAAGAUUACUUCGUGAUAAUAAAUUAGUUCUUUUAGUUGAUCUUGAUCAAACUAUUAUACACACCACUAACGAUGAUGUUGAUCCAAAUAUAAAGGAUGUUUUUCAUUACAAACUUCCCAGCCAAAGAUCACAAUGGUAUCAUACACGCUUAAGGCCUCAUACUCGGCAUUUUCUUUCUGAAAUGAGUAAACUUUAUGAAUUACAUAUUUGUACAUUUGGUGUUCGAGAAUAUGCUCAUACAAUUGCUGCUUUAUUAGACAAUGGCGGUGAACUUUUUUCCGAUAGGAUACUCUCCAGAAAUGAGUGUUUCGAUCCUGGAUCUAAAUAUCCUAAUCUCAAGGCAUUAUUUCCCUGUGGUGAUGAGAUGGUGUGCAUAAUAGACGAUAGAGAAGAUGUUUGGCAAGGAUGCAGAAAUUUGGUACAAGUUAAGCCGUAUUACUUUUUUCAACAUUCGGCUAAUAUACAUGCGCCACCCGGUAUGAAUAAAGUGAUUGAUCCAAGAAAAUUGGAAUCAUAUGAAUGUGAAGAAAAUGAAGAUGACAAAAAUGGUGUGACGGAAGAAAUGUAUCGAGAAGACGAUGAAGAUAAUAUUAAAUCUGCAACAUCAAAUGUUGCUACUGACCAAGAUGUGAUAAUGGAAAUCGAUAAUAUUCCUGAGGAACAACACAGUGAAAUUAAUAAUGAAAAAACUGAAACUAAGGAAAUUGUUAAAGAUAUUAGUGCUGAUGCCAACAAAAUUAUUGAAAAAACGGAAACUAAUGAAGUUAGAGAAUCUGAAAAUAAUACUAAAUCUGCAACAUCAAAUAUUGGUACUGAGCAAGAUGUGAUAAUGAAAACCGAUAAUAUUCCUGAGGAACAACACAGUGAAAUUAAUAAUGAAAAAACUGAAACCAAGGAAAUUGUUAAAGAUAUUAGUGCUGAUGCCAAUAAACUUAUUGAAAAAACGGAAACUAAUGAAGUUAGCAAAGAAAGUGAAACUAAAACCAACGAAGUUAGCGAAGAAAUUAAAACUGAAAUUAGUAAAGAAAGUGAAACUGUAAUCAAUCAAGUUAGUAAAGAAACAGAAACUAAAAUUAAUGAAGUUAGUAAAGAAACUGAGGAAAUUGUUAAUGAAACUGUAACUAAAGCUAGUGAUCAAGAAGCAGUUGAGGAAGAAAAAUUAUCUUUGAUAGAGAAAGAUGAGAAGUAUGUAAAUGAGAAAAAUUCAAAAGACGAGGCUGAAUCUAACGUUGAAGUAGAGUGUGAAGAUCAAGACGAUUAUUUAUUGUACUUAGAGGAUAUUUUACGGAGGAUUCAUACGGAAUAUUAUACCGAUCUUGAAAAUGAAAAAGAACGUAAAUCAUUAUGUGAUGUUAUACUCAAAGUACGAGCCAAAGUUUUGCAAGGUUUGAUUUUAACGUUUAGUGGCAUUAUACCAAUUCAUCAGAAACUUCAUCAGAGUCGGGCAUACAAAGUGGCUCAAGCUUUUGGUGCACAAGUCACUCAGGAUUUAACGGACGAAACAACGCAUUUGGUUGCUAUGAGGCUAGGAACACAAAAGGUGAACACAGCGAAAAAACGAGGGAAUAUCAAAGUUGUAAAUCCAGAUUGGCUUUGGACGUGUGCAGAACGUUGGGAACAUGUUGACGAAAGAUUAUAUACUCUUUCAUCAAAAAUGCGAGGAUCAAGAAUCCCACCAGCACAUUGUAGUAAUCCAGAACCAUCUCGUAAACGUUCAGAAAAAAAUUCUUUUGCCAAUACAAUAAAUCCUCUUUAUUUCGUCAGCGAAGAGGAAAUUAACGAUAUGGACAAAGAAGUCGAGGAAGAUAUGAAUGAUGUUGAACUUGAUUUUACGGCUGGUGAUCAAGACAAUCUCAAUGAAUUGUGCUUAAAAAGAGAUCAUGAAAGUUCCGAAUCUGAUUCGGCAGAAGAAUUUGCUCCUACUGUUGCCAAGCGUAAGAAGAAAAGUGAAGAGUCAAGUGAGUCUGAUGUAGAAAAUGUUAAUGAUAAGGAUGACAAUGAGGAAACGGAGAAUAGUCAGCAAGAUGAUAACGAUGAUGAUCAAGUGGUACGUCUCAGGAGAGGAGAACCUUUAUCCGGUGAUUUGGAUCUUGGUGAUAUUUCGGAGGAUUCCGUGGAAAUCGAUGACACUGAAGAUUUUGAAAUCGAACGACAAUGGAACGCAAUGAGUGAAGCUCUUGAGAGAGAUUAUGAAAGUUCCAAAUCUAAUUCGGCAGAAGAAUUUGCUCCUACUGAUGUAGAAAAUGUUAAUGAUCAGGAUGACAAUGAGGAUACGGAGAAUAGUCAGCAAGAUAAUGACGAUGAUGACGAUGAUGAUCCAGUGGUGCGUUUCAGGAGAGGAGAACCUUUACCCGAUGAUUUGGAUCUUGGUGAUAUUUCAGAGGAUUCCGUAGAAAUCGAUGACACUGAAGAUUUUGAAGACGAACGAGAAUGGAACGCAAUGGGUGAAGCUCUUGAGAGAGAAUUUUUGUCUGAUUAAAUUGGUAUAAAUAUAUAUCAUUUUAUCAUCUUGUCAGGUUUUGAAAUAUGUGAGAUUUGAGUGCUUUAAAGGAUACCAACAUACUGGUGAAUGUGAUCCCGGUUUUUAAAAUUACAUUAUUCUAUAAAUACAUAGUGUUUAUUAUUAUUUUUUUUAAUCGAUAUGAUCGUGGUCACAAUUCCAAAAAAAAAAAAACAAAAACAAAAAUGCCUGGGUCCUUCGAUUAUUAUAGUAAAAUAAACCAUUUUACAGACUGUA